AACCCCUGAACCAAGAGCUCCAACAGACAUCCCCUCCCGAUCACGGACCCCGGGGUCCGGUCCGGCUCUUUUAUACAAGACCCGGUCCCCAGAGCCCACGCUCCCACACACUUCACUUCUUGGCUCUCGCCCACAACCGCCGCCGCCACCUGGUCCACUCCACCUCGCCGGCGGCAAUGUCGGCGCACUCGCACCUCGCCGUCGCGCUGCUCCUCGCCCUCCUCGCCGGGUCGGCCUGCGCCUCCGACGUGCCGUCGUUCCCGCUCUCGCAGGCGCAGUCCCCGUCCAACUCCUCGUCCCCGUCCAACGCCUCCUCGCCGCCCUGCCACCUGGACCUCUCGGCCGAGCUCUUCGGCGGCGUGGCCGCGGCGUGCGGCGCGGGGGGCGGGCCAGGCUCGCUCGACCGGGGGCGUUGCUGCCCCGUGCUCGCGGCCUGGCUCUUCGCCGCGCACGCGCGCACCGCGCUGUCCGUGCCCCCGGCGCCCGCGCCCUCGGCGCUCUCCGGCGAGGAGGGGCUCGGGCCCGGCGACGACGGGCCCAUGGUGCCCUACGACAACCAGCGGUGCGUCGACGCGCUGGGCGCCGCGCUGGAGAAGCGCGGGGUGGCGCUGCCGUCGCCCAACAGGACGUGCGACACCGUGCUCUGCUUCUGCGGCAUCCGGCUCCACCAGAUCGGCUCGCUCCGCUGCCCCGCCGCGUUCGCCGUCGGCGCGGCGGCCAAGAACGCGACGCCCACCGCUGCCGUCAAGGACCUGGAGAAGAGCUGCCGCAACGCCUCCUACUCCGGCUGCUCCCGCUGCGUCCAGUCCCUACAAAAGCUGAAGGGGAACGUGAGCCGCGAGGUCACCGGCGGCGACCGCGCGCGGCGGAUGCUGGGGCGGGACUGCCAGCUGAUGGGCCUGACGUGGCUGCUGGCCAAGAACAAGACGGCCUACAUCCCCACCGUCUCCGCCGUGCUCCGCGCCAUGCUCUACACGGCGCACCCGACGGAGUCCGGCAGCGGCGGCGCGGCGCCGCGGUGCAGCCCGGACCAGGAGAACAUGCCGCUGGCCGUGGACUCGCUGCAGUUCGAGCACACCGGGAGCACGAGCUCGGCGGUUGCCGCCUCGACGCCGCGGAUCCUCCACGUCCUUCUUGGCCUCCUGCUCUGCCUGAUGAUGAUCAGCAGCAGCAGGGAUGCUGCGUUCUUGUAAAUUCAGAAAGGCAAUGCCACUCUGUUGAUACACGGUAUUCUGUAGGAGUUGUUAGUUACGGCGGAGUAGUAACUUGUUUUGCAUAGUGGAGGUUGGCGGGAAUGAUCGAGUACUAUGAACAUCUGUAAUCUCGGUGCCUUUUAACCUUGGGGUUAAUCACUUGUUUCUUCGUUUUGUGAAUGAAGUGAACUGCCUUUUGAUGAA